AUGGCCAUCCAUCAACUCCGCCUACUCUUCCACCACGCCCUCCAACAACGCAAAUUUUCCUCGUGGAAACUCCUCGUCUCAGUCGCUGGGUUUAUCCUGACCUGCCUGAUUAUAUUUACAUAUUCCAGUACCGCGGGAAAUCCUGGAACCCCCAAUUCCGGACUUUCGUUUUCCGGCGCCACCGACAAAAAUGCGGAGAGUGACAUCGACAGCGAAAGCACAGACACAGACACUGACGGCAACAAAAACGCCUGCUUCGUCGACCUGAGUCUCCUGCGUCUCCAUGCGGACAAUGCCUCGACAGUGGAAUAUGCCCGGCUGAACAUCGGCGUCUCGCGAACAGAGAAUUUCACCUCCUUCGACGACUCCCUCGACGUCGCGAUCCCGUCCUAUACCACCAUCCACCUCGACACGGAUAAUGCUCGAGACCUUCGCCCGAAGGAUGACUGUACGACGUCGAUAGCGAUCCAAGCGCCCCCGGCCGAACCCAAACCCGAUGCCUCACAUCUAAUCUUCGGUGUCGCUACCUCGCUUGAGAAAUUGGAGGAGUCGCUGGAUGCGUUCGCGCACUGGGCGGGCAAUACGAGCGCACAUAUCAUUGCCGUCGUCGAACAAGGCGGGUCGUCAAUCCGGUCUCGUAUCCAGCAGCGCGCGGAUGACCUGAACCUCCGGCUGACGAUUACACAAACGGAAGACGACCGGUUGGAUCGGUACUUCUCGCUCAUCCGCGUACUGUACCAGCACCAUGAGCCAUCGUCGUCUGAGGCGACCACAUCGACAACGACCAAGCCAACGCAAUGGGCCGUCUUGAUAGACGACGAUACAUUCUUUCCCUCGAUGCGAAACCUCAUUACCCGGCUCGCUACCUACGACGCCACGGUCCCGCAAUACAUUGGCGCAAUGACGGAAGACCUAGCGCACCUUUCAGGCUCGGGAUACAUGGCCUACGGUGGCGCGGGGAUAUUUCUCUCAAUCCCACUCCUGCAAGAUCUACAGCAUCAUUUCGAAACAUGCCAAUCGCUCAAAGAUAAGGGCGAUCGCAUGCUCGCCUCGUGCAUCUACGCGCACACGACCGCGAAGUUUACCUGGGAGCGCGGCCUCUACCAGCUUGACCUGCACGGGGACGCAUCGGGGUUCUUCGAGUCCGGCCGGCGCCUUCCGCUCUCCGUGCACCACUGGAAAUCGUGGUUCAACGCGGACAUGGUGGCUAUGGGGAAAGUCGCGCGCAUCUGCGGCGACGAGUGUCUGCUCCGCCGGUUUUACCUAGCCAAGUCGAAAGACUGGUUCCUUGUGAAUGGGUACAGCGUUAUCCAGGAUAAGACGCUGUGGAAUGAGCCGCGGCCCAUGGAGCAGACGUGGCAGAAGAGCAAGUAUAAGGGCGAUGAUCCUUUUGCGUAUAGUCUUGGGCCUUUGCGAAGGAAAGAUGACGAUAAGGUUUCGUUUUCUUUGAGAGACGCCUUUGUUGUUGAUAUGGCCCCGGAGGGCAAGAUGGGGACGGGGACGGAGGAGGUGAGGCAGAUUUAUGUGUUCAAUGCCACGGCUGAGACGCCUCCGCGGGUUCUGGAGGUUGCUUGGAAGGUUGUGGAUGUGGACGUGCAAGAGUGA